AAACCACUAAAAAGUAGAAAACCUCUCUCACUCUUCCUCCUCCUCCUCUUCUCUCUCUCUCUCUCUAAAACCACCAAACCCCUUCUCGAUCAAACAACCUCUCUCUCUCUCUCUCUCUCGUUCUUGCAGGCAUAUAGGACUCUGUGUUCUGUAAUUAUACACCCACACAAAUACUUCUGUAAAUAUUUUGUGAAGUACUUAAGUGAUACAUAUUUAUAGUGUACUGUAUAUUUUUAGUAGAGAGAGAGAGUGAGUGCGUGCGUGCGUGCGUGAGUGUACACAAUAUGGAGAGGUACAGUGGGACCCAGGCAAUGGAGGCGGUACAGGUGGAUCCGGUGGCGGAAUGGGCGGCGCCGGUGGAUCCGGUGGCGGAAUGGGCGGCGCCUGGUGGGGAGACCGGGCUUGAAGAGCCUAUGUGGCAAUUGGGCCUAGGCGGUGGUCCUGAGUCGUACCCCGAGAGGCCCGAUGAGCCUGAUUGUAUCUAUUACUUGAGGACUGGCUUCUGUGGAUACGGAAAUAGGUGCCGGUUCAAUCAUCCUCGUGACCGUAGCAUGGCAAUGGGAGCUCUGAGAGCCGGUGGAGGCGAGUACCCAGAACGUGCUGGCCAACCUGUCUGUCAGUACUACAUGCGGACCGGAAUGUGUAAAUUUGGUGCUUCCUGCAAGUAUCACCAUCCAAAACAUGGAGUUGGGUCUUCAGCCCCAGUCACACUGAACGUUUAUGGAUAUCCUUUGCGACCGGGCGAAAAAGAAUGUUCCUAUUAUGUAAAGACAGGUCAAUGCAAGUUUGGUGUUACCUGUAAAUUUCAUCAUCCACAGCCAGCAGGGAUACAAGUGCCGGCACCACCAGGCCCUGGUGCUGGACCUUUGGCUGCUCCAGCAGGGUACCCAUCCGUGCAGUCUCCUUCUGGUCAAUCUUCUCAACAGUAUGGGGUAAUUCAAGGCAACUGGCCUGUUGCCAGGCCUGCGAUGCUUCCUGGCUCAUAUGUUCCUGGAAGUUACGGUCCGAUGCUCUUUCCCCCAGGAGUUGUUCCUGUUCCUGGUUGGACUCCCUAUCCGGCACCUGUCAGUCCUGUGGCCUCCUCAAGUGCUCAACCCACAGUUGGUCCAGGCCCAAUUUACGGGUUGACACAGUUGUCUCCUUCAGCAACUGCAUAUACAGGACCAUUCCUUUCUGUUACUUCUUCUGCUGGCCCCUCAAGCAGCAGCCAAAAGGAACAUCCAUUUCCAGAAAGACCUGGUCAACCUGAAUGCCAGUAUUAUUUGAAAACUGGGGACUGUAAAUUUGGAGCUACAUGUAAAUAUCAUCACCCACCAGAGUGGAGUGCACCAAAGAUCAAUUUUGUACUUAGUCCAAUGGGUCUGCCAUUACGCCCAGGUGCUCCACUUUGUUCUCACUAUGCUCAAAAUGGAGUAUGCAAAUUUGGCCCCUCGUGCAAAUUUGAUCAUCCAAUGAGAAUUUUGAGUUACAGCCCAUCUGCAUCUUCUCUGACAGAUAUGCCAGUUGCUCCUUACCCUGUGGGAUCCACAAAUGCAACUUUGGCUCCAUCAACCUCGUCAUCAGAUUUGAGGCCUGAGCUUCUUUCCGGGUACAACAAAGAUGCCUUCUCAUGGCAAAUGUCUUCUAUGAACAGUUCAAGUGCUGCCGGUGGUUCGUUAUUCUCUACAAGUGGAGCUGUUCCUCAAUCAAGUGCGCAGCAGUCUGGACAGGGUUCUAUAUCUUCAAGUGGUGGCAGUACCAUAAGUCGUGGAGGUGAGGUUCACGCAUCAAGCUGAAUAGAAAGGAUAGAGUCAUGACAUUGUCUCUGUCGACCAUUUCACCAUGCAAACUUAAAAGUUUAUGGUCCAAUUCCCCCGUCGGAUGCCUGGUCUCAACCAACAAUGUUCGUCCUAUCAGAUCUAGCACAUUCUAGCUAUGUCAUCCAUGGUCAUAAUAUCGUCAUGUAGCCACCAUUUCCAUUUUGAAUAAGUCAUACAUACCCCUGAAAACAUCUCGGAAACCACAUUUAGCUUUUCAGCUAGUCUUCGAAUAACAAGAAAGGAAACCAACCUCCUCGUUAGUGCUCAAAUUUUGGAGCUGCUUGUGUCUAUUUAUGGUAUCUUUUUCGAAACGAAAAAGAUAAGUCCUGGCCAUUCUCCAUCUGGAUUUAACUGUCUUUACACCUCUUUCAUCC